AGACACUUGUAGAAGGAAACAUUUCAGUUAAAGCGUUAAUUGAUACAACAUCUAAAUUCAAUACUAUUAGCAAGAGCUUGUUCGAUAAGCUUAAAGAAGAUUAUGAGUUGAAAUGUUUAUCUAGUGAUGAAUUGAUUGAUGUUACCGAAGUAAUAGACUUUCAAAUUCACAAAAAUUCAUCGUUCAAUCUGGUAUUGGAACAAGAUUGGUUAUGGGCGUAUGAAGUAAAAAUAAACUUUAAAUUUUCUCCUGGAACCUAUGAACAAUAUGGUAUUAUUACAGACCCAAAGAAUCAUUGCUUUGUAAUAAUAGAUGAUAUAAGUAUUCCAUUAAUCGAAGAAAAUAGUAAUAAAACCAGUACUAGUAAAAAUAACUUAUCUAAAUUAAUGAAAUUUAACUAUCAUGGGAUAUUUCACAAUAUACCUCCCGCACCUUCAACACCCAGAAGAUUAAAUAAUGAUGUACUCAAAAAUAGCAGAGCUAGCAAGAAUAAGAAAUAUUCUAAAGUAGAUUUAGGCGAUGGGUGUGGAAAGCUUUCAAUAAAAAUGUAUCUCAAUAAUAUUUGGAAGUCAACAGAUUCUUCUAAUUCUUGCUUACACCAAAAUAAGAGCAAGAAAGGUGAGGGUAAGUAUUUCACGAAUUCAGAUACUGACACUUCCGAUACAAGUACUUCUUAUUCUUCCAAUUUAGGUCCGGAAGGUAGUGACUUAGAUUAA